UUAGGUUGGUGUACAUUGCCGUGCAGCUCACGUUGAUACCGUCGAUAGAAAACAUUGUACCGCAGGAGACCAACGCAGCACGAUUUUCGUGUAAACAUACCACACACCGGUCAUACAGGUUCUGCUCCUUCAUAUUGUCUUCAAUGCUGAAGAAGCAAAAUUGGCGAUACCAAGGUUGAUACAUGCCUUUGACAUAUUACACCAUCUCGCCAACCCUACACACCUUGGGAGUUCACAGUGACGUUUAGCACAACAACCGGUAACUGAGCGUUUGUUUAUGUUCCACUGUUCGUAUCCAGCCCGAAAGAUUGCCUUCCCGGCAGGACGAUGGCCGAAAUUGUCGCUGAAAUAACACGCAAAGGAGCGAUGCAAACCAUCAGGGAACAGGUGCCAGGCAAUAAGAUGAGCGAUUUGAUCGUCAGCCUCAAAGCGAUCAAACAAUCGACCAACGAGCUCAUGACAACGUUCGUUCAGGAAGAUUUACUUGGCGCACGCAAAGCAGAAUCCGAUGACGUUCAAGGAGAGGACGAGGUCACUUCGGCUUCAUCCGAAUCGGAGGCGAAUGAUGGAAUCGAGCGGAAGCGCCUUAAAACGUGACCUUUGAUUUGUUCUGAUUUUGGCGGCGGCUGUUGCGCAUGCAUUUCCAGUCAUGUUUCGGUUGCUAGGAAGCUAGUUAGGUUAGUCCCGUUCGGCCCUGUAACGAGGGAAAGGUGCGUUAAAAUA